UAAAUCAACAAAGCAACUAUUUGUUAUACAACAGCCGAGCUCUUUUUGCGCCAGAGAAUGAGAAGAUAUCGAUGAAUCGAUGACGAAUCGGUUCACGGCAUUAAGCAACAACGAAGCAACCGGCCACAUUGCUGUCAGAACAGUCCUCCAAAUUAAUAGCUACAGAGUUGGGCCCUCGGCAUAAGCAGUCACCAGACCACCCAGUCACUCCACCCACCACGUAACUAGAAUGGCCGGCUUUCCCGAUCACGCCCGCGCAGAGGAUACGGAGGUUAAUGUCUGGAUCCGCUUUGGUCUUAGGCUGGGCGUCAGCGCCGUCCUUCAUCCGUUUGAAUAUUCCAAAACCCUCAUCCAGCUGGGUUACGAACCGAUCGCUCCUCUGCCCGGCAAGUCGAUACUGGGCAAGCCGAUCAUGAAGUUGCCGAACAUCUUUCAGUACGCUGGCCACAUUCGGCGGAUCGACGGCUUCUACGGCUGCUACCGCGGUCUAGCUCCUAAACUGGUGGGUUCUCUGGUGGCCAUGGUGGUAAGCGACCGAGUGGCCGACCAACUGGGCCUGGAGCAGCCAGAUGAGAAUAAGGACGACUCCCAGCUUAGUGAUGAGGAAUUGUACGUCCAGUUCAAGAAAAGUCUGAAGCGGGAUAUUGUUUUGAUGGUGAGCGGAGUCGUGGCCUCGCAUCCCUUUCACGUAAUCUCGUUGCGCAUGAUGGCGCAGUUUGUCGGCCGCGAGACCUUGUACACUUCUAUAGUGGGCUCCGUGGCCGAGAUUUGGAAGUCUGAGGGAAUAGCGGGAUUUUUCGCCGGUCUUGUGCCAAAGCUGUUGGGCGAUUUGGCCUGCCUUGUGCUCAGCAGCUCCACGAUUUACAUCCUUAACAAAUAUAUCAUCAAGGACAAGUUGGGCAGGCAAUACAAUUCCGGAUUCACACAGUUUGCCGUAUCUAGUUUACUGUAUCCACUGCAGGUGGUAUCCACCUGCUCAGCGGUAAGUGGUUCACGCCUGAUGGCUGCCCAACCGCCAAUUAUGCCGGCCUACAAGAGCUGGGUAGACUGUUGGAAUGAUUUGCAGGUUCGCGGAGAGCUUAAGCGCGGCAGCUCCCUUUUCUGGCGGUCACAAUCCAUCAGUUCUCCAGUAAUAGCCACCUCAUUCGCGCCCUUGCCUAAGCUGGCGCGUUACCAGUAGACGUCAACAACGCGCCUGGACGACCACGGACGGGUUACGGAGUCCACACAUAACUGCCUAGUUGUGUUCGGCCUGCAUUUUAAUGGGUCUUCGGCAAUGACAAGCUUCAAUCCAAGACAACUGCAUUUUUCUACUGUCUCCAAGCCCAGCCAUAAUUCUGUUAAUACAAGUUUAGAUCUACAUUAAAGUGGAUUUUCAUCGUGGUCCGUUAGUCGUGCGCGAUAUUUUCUUUUCUUUCAGCAUUUACAAGAUCUGAAAUCGUGAAAAAAUUGUUGACCAAAAUCUUUCCCGAUCUUGUGCAGACUCCGAUAUAUUUGUUGUUACUGUUUACUGCAAAAUUUUUGAAAUAAAUCGUUUUGCCCUACCAGUGGAA